AUGGAUCUGCACGAGCGUGAUAUAUUUGGCCUUGCAAUGCUUUGUAAUGACGAGGGUUGGCUAUUUUUAGAACCUAGUGAGUUUAUGCACAGGAUAAUAACCAAUUAUUUCGCGACAACUGAUCAAAAGUGUUCCGCCGGUAUUUUGUCUCUACCGAUAAAUAAGUCAACAUAUCAUUGUUCAUUACAAUCAUCAUAUCCAACUGUAUAUUUUCGCAUCCGAUUUUAUCUUCCGAUACAUUGUAUAAAUGAACGUGCAACACAACAUAUUUAUUAUUUACAACUACGAAGAAAUCAUGUUGCCUAUGAAUUAUUUUGUGAUCCAAAUGUAUAUUUUCAGUUAGCAGCGUUUGCACUACAGGCUGAAUUGGGUGAUGCACCAAAAUGUUUUAAUCCAGAAUCUGAAACAUCCUAUUUUCUACCAGAACUUUAUUAUCCUAAGAAAUUUGUUAAAUCGUGUGAUAGUGUUGAACUAGCCUAUUACACUUAUAUACAUCAUUCAGCGCUUCAUAAUACUGUAACCUAUCUGGCUGAGUUUCAUUUUAUUCAUCUGGCAACAAAACUGAACUCUGAUUUCAAUUUACAUUUAUAUCCACUUGAGAAACCUACUCACAAAUGCCGCUUCUCUGUAUGGAUUGGUAUCAGUCCACAAGGAGUUACAUUAUAUCAGCGAUUCCCAGAUUAUUGGAUUGUUCCAACUAAUCGUAUUAAAUGGAAUGAAAUUAAACGAAUUUAUUACAAUCAUCACACUGUAACUAUUCAUUUACGCUCUAAGGCCCGGAGGCGUGAUUUCAAAAUGAAAAGAACUUUAUCAGCAAGACAUUUAUUUGCUUUAAUUACUAAUAUGCAUUUCUAUCAAUCAAUAGCCGAAAUGUCUGCAACUCACUCGAACGAUUUGUUGGGGAAAAUUGAGUUAAGAUAUUCUAUAAAACCAUCGAUUUAACAAUACAUUCAUGGAGUUAAUAAAGAUUUAGCAAGUAAUUAAUCAAGAUGUACAUUAGUUGGCAACAAAGAUCAUUUGUUAUUUUAUGUCAUCACAAUGUAAUUAAAUAUUUAAUCAAAACAGAGGAAAACUUCAUGAAUAUGAGAUUACUACUCAAAUGAAGAAGGUUAUAAUCUAGUGCGUUUUUGUGUAUAUUUUCUUUUAUUUUGAUUUUCUUUUUCAAGUCAGAUUUUGUUAAAUAUGCC